UUGGCACAAAUUGAUUCACACGGCUGCAAUCCCUUCCAGUAUGCGUUUAUGUAUUUUCCCCGUAGUGAUGUCGAUGUUAUUAAAGACACUACCACAGCUUUCGAACUUUCGGAAGCUUUGAGGAGCCAGGAGACAUUUAACACCAGACUGAAUAAAUCAACCGACGAGAAGUAUCAAAAUUCAACGCUGAACUCUUACGUGCUCACAAUAUUGAAUAGCAAAACCGAUGAUGAACGGAACACUUUAAUCUAUCAGUACUACAGGCCCCCGGCUAUCUACGGCUAUAAAAUAUCAAGUAGACAUUUUGACGACUCCAUCGAGGGGAAGUGGAUGGCCAUGAUACAUUUAAAGUUUCCAAUAACGGAUUGGGCGGUGUUAACAACUAAGACCAUAUUCGAAAAUGUUAUUCACAUCAUCUUCAACGAAUGCAACAACCACGUAGUAUUGAAAUUUUACAAAUGGGCUGAAACGAAGAUCGCGAACGUGAAAACAUUCAACACGUUCGUUGCUGACACAUUUGUGAACUUUUUCUGGAAUUGUACGUCUGUGAGGCACGGUAAAAACAUAGUCAAUUUUGUACGGGACAAAAUCAAUUUAGAAGAGCUUAUGGCACAACGAGGCAUCAAAAUCUUCAACGAUAAGUUUGAUAACAAAAUCACUACGUAUCAUUCACUGUUCACGAAGAAAGAAUUUGAGAUUCUUUUGUUCCACACGCCUAAAGAAGUUGGUGAAGACAAUACGAAUCUGAUAACAAAAAUUUGUUCGUGUGCACAUGAGCAAAGUAUCUACCUAACCUUUGCUGCUGUUCCAUUGAAGGAAAUUAUUGAACAAGUUAAAAUUAGUGUGUAUUUGGUCCAUUCAUUGCUGUGGUUCCUGGUCGGUACAUUGGACGAGCAACGAAACGAAUCUGUAAUAAAAUUCAUCACCGAAUUUAUUGAUAAACAAGAAUGGGAGCUCGUUUCGAAUGCCCUAGGUAUUAUGACGUCUGAAGGAAGUUUCUUCCACUUGGCAUUUACAAAACGGAAUAUGUUUAUGGUAAAGCUGGUGUGGAAAAUGGCGAAAUCAUAUCUCAAUGAAGAACAGUUUCGGUGCCUAUUAUUGGAUCCGUACAACGUAUAUCCAAACUUAGUGGGGAACGUAAAAACAAACGAGUUCAUGGACCAACCACCAGGCAUACAGAACACCAAUUGCCAGACUGCUUGCUUUGAAUUUCAAUCAUUUAAGCCAGACGGUGCAGCAUUACCAGAAUUUGCGAUUUCACUUAACGACAACCAGAUCUACAUUGGUCGAUGUAAAAUUUUGAACAGUGACGGCUAUUUCUUAUGCAAGAUCACAUUACAUGAACCCGUUCCGGUUGAAGUCGUUGGAUUCAGUGGUAUGCAACCGUUGAACGACUCAUUGGAGAUAUUGAUCGGAAAAGGUAUUGCGUGGACAGAGCACACCAGUCAUGACAGGCAACUUUACUUUCAAUUUACACAGAAGUUAUUGAAGAGACAUAACAACAAUAUUCUACUUGUCGACGAGCCUUGUCCUGGACAACAUUAUUUGGCUUACGAUGAUGAUGCUGCUCGUCAAAGCGCGAUCUUAAAUGAUUUUUGUUACUUUCAAGGUCGCUCUCUUUAUUAGGCCAAUGUAAAGUGUAAUACACCUGUUAAAACGAUAUA